GCUGAGAAAAAACAAUUAUGAUAAUAAAAGAAACAAUUAUAUAAUAAAAGAUAAUUUGGUAAUAAAAGAUAAAAUGGUAAUUAAAAUAAGAUUACCAAUACUAGUUCAAUAUUGUCCUAAUAUCGCCCCAAUAUUGCGUGAUUUGUCUUGCUUUACUCGCAUCCCUGCAGUCUACUUGUUAUGA